GUCAGCUGGUGUUAGCUGGUGUUAGCUACCCGGGCUAACACGGUGUCGUUGAGUUCUCACCGUGUUGAAUGAGUCAGCGGAGGUUCCUCCACCGGAACCACAGGAACCAGGGGAACCGGCUCAGGAUUCUCUGCGGACCGUGAUGUUCACGUGAACCAUGAGUGAGUUUGAAGCUGCUACUCAAAAAAGUUCAGAGGAAAAUGAGAGAAUAGCUGGAGACAUCAGACUGUAAUGAUGACCUCACCACUGAGAACCAGAGAGAACGAGAGAAAACAAGAGAGAACCCAUCCAUGAUCCUCACCCGCUGCUCCAGAGUCUCAUCAUGUCCAUGGACAUGGCUCUACCUCUGUACCUGCCCCAGGAGGAGUUUGUCUACAGGACGACGAGCACAACCUUCACACCUGCUCUGACCUUUCAACCGUCUGACUGCGUGGACCCGUCCCAGCCUCAGGACAGAGCGGCGUCCUGUGGAGACGCAGGACAUGCCAAAAAGAAAGUGUGGUUUGCUGAUGACCGAGGUUUGUCUCUAACCAAGGUGAAGGUUUUCUCCCAGUUCAACGAUCCCAUCGAUGUUCCUGCUAACAUCCAGGAGAUGCUGAGCGCCUCUCUGAGUCCGACGGCCGAGGACGACAAACUGGUGCUGGACUUCCUUCAGCCGUCCUCGGACUACCUGCUCUUCCAUCAGAGGCUGGAGAGGAAGCUGGUGAGCCUGGAGCGCUGCGUGCUGAAGGACAAGACGCUGACAGGAACCGUCAAAGUCAGAAACACGUCGUUUGAGAAACGUGUGACGCUGCGGGUGACCUUUGACACCUGGAGGAGCCACAUGGACGUGGACUGCGUGUACACGAAGGACUCGUAUCGCGGCUCGCUCAGCGACACCUUCUCCUUCCAGGUGUCUCUGCCCGAGGCCCUGCUGCCUCACCAGCACGUGGAGUUCGCCGUCUGCUACGAGGCGGAUGGAUGCAAGUUCUGGGACAGUAACCACGGCAAGAACUACCGGAUCGUCUGGUCCUCGAUGAAGACGAGUCCGCCGGACGCCUGCGGACGCCACACGGGCUCCCGGGACUUUGGGAUCCAUUUUGACCCGUAUGGCAGCCCCACCUGCUCACAUGGGAUCUUCCCUGAUUGGCCGAGCUAUGCGGGAUACGAGAACAUCGGCCCGUACUACUGAACAUGUGUCUCUGCUAAUUAACAUGUGAGAGUUUAAUUACUCUGAAUAUUCUGUGAAAAUACAUCGGUCAAAUAUUGAGUAGAAAAACAUAAAAUUAGAUUUUAUUUCAAGCAUUUAUCAAUAGACAUGUUUUAAUACCUUUUCAUCAUAUGAGUUUGUUUAUGUUUUCAAUGAGAUUCAUUCUAGUUCAUUGUGUUAGAUAUAAUUGUUAAUAAAGUAGUUUUGAUCAGGAAACACU